AUGUCGACCAGCCAUCAUAAUGUGGUCCUGUUCAUUGCGGACGACCUCGGCUUGUAUCUGGGGUGCUAUGGCACUCGGGGAAUCCAAACCCCUUCCAUAGACAAGCUCUCAUCCCAAGGCACACGCUUCACCAAUGCGUUUGCCAGUACGGCCUCGUGCAGCGGUAGCAGAUCGACAAUAUAUACUGGUCUCCAUACCCACCAGAACGGCCAGUAUGGCCUGGCUCACGGCUGGAAUCAUUUCCAAACGCACGAGCACAUCGAGACUCUACCCCAAAUCUUCGCGUCUCUUGGUUAUCAGACCGGUAUCAUUGGCAAGGUGCACGUCGGGCCUCACUCGGUAUAUCCUUGGGAGGUCUUCGAACCCAGUCACAGUCGCGACGUAACCUGGAACGCCAGCCAAGCCCGUGUUUUCUUCGACAAAGCCAAAGAGACGGAUCGCCCGUUUCAUCUGACCGUGGCAUUCAGAGAUCCGCACCGGGACAACACACGAGAUGGGUUCGGCAAUGACGCUGAAGAGCUCGCCAACUCUACCAUCCCAGAGACCAAGUACUCGACAGAGGACGUCGAGAUUCAGCCAUACAUCUCUGAUUUCCCAGAGGUCCGGGCUGAGUUGGUUCAGUACUACGAAUCCAUCAGCCGCAUGGACCACGGGGUAGGCCUGAUACUACAGGAACUAGGGCAACGCGGCCUGAGCGAGAACACGUUGAUUAUCUUUGUCAGCGACAACGGCGCUCCGUUCCUAAACUCCAAAACCACCCUGUACGAUGCGGGUGUGAGACUACCUCUGAUUAUUAAGAACCCUCAGGCUAAAGGGGGAGUGGUUAACCCGAAUCUAGUCUCGUUCCUAGAUAUUCUCCCCACGUGCAUUGACUGGGCUGGCGUGGCAGACAAGGAUAUCAAGACUAGCAACACAGGGAAAUCACCAUCUCGCUUGGGAACUUCCUUGCUGCCAAUCCUGGAUUUCAGCGACCUCCUCCCGGAAGACCAAUGGAAGCAACACGUUUUUGGCUCGCACACCUUUCACGAGAUCCAGAAUUACUGGCCCACCCGCUUUCUACGCACCCACAGAUAUAAAUACCAUCGAAACAUCGCCUGGCAGCUUGAUUUUCCCUUUGGCACCGACCUCUAUGGAAGUCUGUCGUGGGAAGGGAUUCGGAACGGCAAGCAGCCUAUCAUGAUAGGCCAGCGGCCUCUGGUCAAGUACCUUUCACGAGGACCAGAAGAACUGUUCGACCUCGAAAACGACCCGGCAGAGGUCCACAACCUGGCCAAAUACGAGAACUUCGCGUCGAUUCUCCAGGAGUGUCGAAAGCAAGUGGAGGCGUGGCAAUAUCAGACCGAGGACGUCUGGUUGUUCAAGGACGGCAUCUCUGCCAUCACCUCGAAGAAGCACCAGAAGCUAGGCUUGAAGUUGCCAGACCGAUUUGAUUUCGACAUUGCCAACCCUGGGAACAAAGACGGACCUCACUGGAGCCCUCCAACGGAAAAUUUUAAUGGAGAAUCGACGACCGUCUUCUCUGGGUAA